GUUUUCCUUUUUCCGAAGAGAGAGAAAGUGAAAUUUUAUUUUUCUCAUUUGGCCUGCAGAGAAAUACAAAGUGAAAAAAAAAAAGGAAAAGAAAAAGACCAAACCAAAAACACAAAAGAGAAAGGCAAGAAGAGAAGAGAACUGUCUCAAAUCUCAAUGGUUGAAUUAUUUUUAUUUUUAUUUUUAUUAUAAUAAUAAAUAAUAUAACAAUAUAUCUCUCAUUUAAGAUAUGAAAAUGUUGAGGAUGGGGUUUGGUGGGUUUCUGAUAUUAAGCUGAAAGAAAGAUGCGAUCUUUUUUAAUUGACUCACUGACUUCCUGAUCAUUGGUUUGAUUGAGUUUGAGAUUUAAUCUGGGCCUGACAUUUGAUUUCUGAUCGUCAAAACAAAAUGAACGGUGGAGAUGAAGUUGCUGAAGCUCCGCCUGUUCCACCACAGCCUCUGGAGUGGAAAUUCUCUCAGGUCUUCGGUGAACGAACCGCCGGUGAAGAAGUGCAAGAAGUUGAUAUUAUUUCAGCAAUUGAAUUUGAUAGAAGUGGUGAUCAUCUUGCUACCGGUGACCGUGGAGGCCGUGUGGUUCUCUUUGAGAGAACUGACACUAAGGAUCAUGGUGGAUCAAGAAGGGAUCUGGAGAGGAUGGGUUACCCAAUUAGUAGGCAUCCUGAGUUUCGAUAUAAAACAGAAUUUCAGAGCCAUGAACCUGAGUUUGACUAUCUCAAGAGUUUGGAAAUAGAGGAGAAAAUUAACAAAAUCAGAUGGUGCCAAACAACCAAUGGUGCUCUUUUUCUCCUAUCUACUAAUGAUAAAACCAUCAAGUAUUGGAAGGUCCAAGAGAAGAAGGUGAAGAAAAUUUCUGAAAUGAAUGUGGACCCUUCUAAAGCUAUAGGAAAUGGUAGCAUUGCCAGUUCAAGCAAUUCAAGUAUUGGUAAACAAUAUCUUGUAAAUGGAGGAGGCAAGUACGAUUUACCAAGCAAUGACUUCAGCAUUCCUCCUGGGGGCUUUCCAUCAUUGCGUUUACCAGUGGUAGUGAUGUCCGAUGAGACAAGCUUGAUGGCUAGUUGUCGAAGGGUAUAUGCUCAUGCUCAUGAUUAUCAUAUUAAUUCAAUUUCAAACAACAGUGAUGGUGAAACUUUUAUAUCCGCCGAUGACCUACGAAUAAAUCUUUGGAAUUUGGAAAUUAGCAAUCAAAGUUUUAAUAUUGUUGAUGUCAAACCUGCAAAUAUGGAGGAUCUUACUGAGGUUAUAACAUCAGCAGAAUUCCACCCCGGCCAUUGCAAUACGUUAGCAUACAGCAGUUCAAAAGGCUCAAUCCGACUCAUUGAUUUGCGACAAUCAGCUUUGUGUGACUCUCAUGCCAAAUUGUUUGAGGAAACAGAGGCACCAGGCUCGAGAUCAUUUUUUACAGAAAUAAUUGCCUCAAUCUCUGAUAUUAAAUUUGCAAGGGAUGGAAGACAUAUACUCAGUCGUGAUUACAUGACUCUUAAGUUGUGGGAUAUCAAUAUGGAUUCUGGUCCAGUUGCAACCUUCCAAGUUCAUGAACAUUUAAGACCAAAGUUGUGUGAUUUAUAUGAAAACGAUUCAAUCUUUGAUAAAUUCGAGUGUUGUUUGAGUGGUGAUGGAUUGCGAGUUGCGACAGGCUCCUACAGCAAUCUGUUUCGGGUAUUUGGUUGUAACCUAGAAAGUACUGAGGCAACAACUUUGGAAGCCAGCAAAAAUCCAAUGAGGAGACAAGUCCAGAUCCCUUCAAGGCCUUCAAGAUCCCUAAGCAGCAUAACACGUGUUGUAAGACGGGCAGGAGCAGAAGGCCCAGGAGUUGAUGCAAAUGGAAAUUCUUUUGAUUUCUCCACAAAGUUGUUGCACUUAGCAUGGCAUCCUACUGAAAAUUCCAUUGCCUGUGCUGCCGCAAACAGCUUGUACAUGUACUAUGCAUAAAGAUGAUCCCAGGAAGAAAUGUAUUUGCUUGGUGAAGUUCUGGGGUUGCUGUUGGAGAAGAUUUCUUUUCCAUUCCCACCAAUGAGCUAGGCGGAGGCUACUUUGAGUUUUGCGUUUAAAAUGUCCUUCAAUCUGCAGCACCUGCUAUGUUAUAGAAUGUUCCUGAAAUGGCUAUUGCAGAAUCCAUUUGGAAGCAGCUUGUUAUCAAUCUCCAGGGAGCUAGCUAGAUAUCAAUUGUCUUCACUCUUCUCCUAACCCCAAAAUUCCUUUCCUUUCCCCUCCUUUUCCUGAUAUCUUCUAAAAUAGAAGAUGCAAUUAUGUUCGAAGUUGUGAUGGGUUGAAGUCAUUAGAAAAUGUGAUUGUAGUAGUUCUUCUACAGCAAAACGUAAAAGAUGUUAAGUAAAUUUGCCACUAAGUCCAAGGUGAAUGUAGUUACGUAGAUCUUGGUGGGAAGGAGCUGUUGAAACUUGCAAUGCAAUUUUUCUGUUUAUUCUUUAUUAUUCUUGAAACGUA